AUGUCGGCUACUCUAAAACCAUAUUUGACGGCGGUCCGCCAUACUCUUACUUCCGCUAUGUGCCUAGAACACUUUUCGUCCCAGGUUGUAGAAAGAUACAAUAAACCAGAAGUGGAAGUGGGAACAAGCAAAGAAUUGUUAUUAAAUCCAGUGAUCAUUUCACGCAACGUUAAUGAGAAAGUUUUGAUUGAAUCAUCCAUUAAUUCAAUUAGGAUAAGUAUUAUGAUAAAACAAGCCGAUGAGAUUGAAAAGAUUCUGUGUAAAAAGUUCAUGAGAUUCAUGAUGAUGCGAGCGGAAAACUUUAUCGUGCUUCGGCGGAAGCCGGUUGAUGGUUACCAUAUCAGUUUCCUGAUAACAAAUUUCCACACUGAACAAAUGUAUAAACACAAAUUGGUUGAUUUUGUUAUUUACUUCAUGGAAGAAAUUGAUAAAGAGAUCAGUGAAAUGAAAUUAGCGGUCAAUGCGCGUGCUAGAAUUUGUUCAGAGGAAUUUUUGAAAAGAUUUUGA